AUGGGUUCCUCCACUUGUUGCACUAGUCGUCAACCUCCUUCCCCCGAUACAGUCUCACCUCGUCCUGUACGGUCGCCAUCUCUUACUCCAAUUAACACUCUGAGGAAGUCUCCAAGAAAAGCAUCGAACUUAAGAAUUGGGGAGCUACAAACGCAAGUCACUACACGGAGCUCAGCUACAAAAAUGGAAGAUACAACAGAAACAAGAGCCGUUUUUGAAGGAGAGCGUUCCCCUGAUAGUGAUAAAGAGAACGAAAUUGUGGUGGUCGAUGAAGGAGAUAGUGACGAUGAUGACGAGGACGAAAGACGACAGGAGGUCAAGCCAAUGCUCAGUUCCAACACACUCAAAUCCGUCAAAAGCCGUUUAAUAAAGACAUUUUCCCGCGAACCUGGAAUCGCAAAAGCCGAUAAAAGAAGAAGUAUAGGGACCAGCCAGGAAGAAUUCGAGCGAAGGAAAGAGCUGAGAAGGAUAAGACAAAAGAGAAUUGAAGAGGAACUAAGCUAUGAUGAUAGAUAUAAUGAGGAUGCUCAGUCUACAAGUACAGUAGAUUGUCCUGCUAUGCGGACCGACAAGGGUCAGAAGAGGCAAUCUGUUCUACCAGAGGACAGUGGUAACUUUCCAAUUUUCAGAAAGCAGAGCUCUUCCUUUGGAUCGGAAGCAGUUAGCAAUGGCAGCAAGAUCUCUCUCUCUACCAGCAAUAAUGAUAACACGAGCAAAAUAUCGCUAUCAGCUACCAAGCUUGAUGAUACCAGCAAAGUAUCCCUUUUAAAAUCAGCAGAUCGAGGAAAGUCUCGAACAUGUUUAGGUCCUGGUGACCCAAACUCCAAUCUUCUCAAACCUGUCAAUACUCCACCACGAAGAUACAGCUCGCCUGGCCCUUGUCCUACGCCCAGCAAGAUUGACUUAUUCCAGCCUGGCAAACACCACCUCAGGAAAAUGGACAGUGAAGCUUCUGCCAUACCUUCAGCACCUCUAAUAGAGGCUCAACGAUUGCCAAAUUUUGCUACCCUUGAUCCAAGCACGGUUUCGAGUUGGCGAUUAUCAUAUACCUCUCAUAAAAGUAAUCGUGGAGCGCAUCUUCGAAGGUUAAGUCAACAAUUUGAGGCUCCAAUUCAAUCAGCGACAGAUGUUGCAAACGUAGGAACUCAAACACUACCACGCUGGCUGAAAACUCAGGGGCUCCGAUCAUCUUCGCAGGCUAUUACUACUUCAGAAGGUAGUACCUCACAAAAAGAGCCAUCUUUUAUGCGUCCACCACGUUCAGAUACUGGAUUUGGUGGGGUUGAUGGCAGCGGAAGCUUUUCAAAUAUGCAUUUGCAGGAUAUGGACAUCUCUAAACAUCUUCUGCAGAGCUCUUGCUCGUCGCCACAACUAGUCAGCUACGAGAAGUAUCAACGUGAAGCCUCCGGAAUUAGUACUGCGACGCAAAGUCGUGCUAGAUAUAUGCGAAACCCAUCGGAAACAAUAUCAAUCCCUUCAUGCCCAUCAAUUGCACUGAGCGAGCUACUCCCACCCAAUUGGGGAAAAUUACCAAAUGAUGGAACAUCUUCAUUUUACCCUACCGUACCCAAUAGCAUCCAGCCUUCGCCAGAAUGUUCACGGUUUGAGCUGUCUCCUUUCAUGUCCACAAGCAGAAGCACUACUACAAUGGUAGAGCCACAAGUAAUUGAUGGGAGUAUUACUCCUCUUCGCUCACCAUUAAUGCCAGCAGCAUUGGGGAGCAACACCCCUACCACAAUCAAUGUAUCUUUAACGAGCCUUCAAGCCCCUUUAAGCAGAUACUCCGCCAAACAAAUUGAUGAGAGCUCACUUUUUGCUUCUGAAACUACUAGUUUUCGAGAACGAGAACUGGAAUUAAGUCACAUACAAGCACGGUUUGCUUCGUCCAGUUUAUGUCGACCUCCAAGUACACCAAUAUCAAGCAAGUUUCGCGAAGAAUUUGACAUUUCACUCACCCCUCAACCUAAAUCUCCCUUUCAGAAGCUUGUCAGGGCUUGCUCGCUGAAAAGAAGUCGUGAUGUUGUGGAAGAGGAUCUAUUACUUGCUCCUCCACCGCAUAGAUCAGGAUUUGGGUAUCGAUUUGCCUCUACUCCCACAACUCUAGGUAGAAGGAGCCCAGCGUGUCAUUCGACACCGACGAAGAAGACUGCAGAAAGACAACGAUCCCUCAUUGUUGAUGAUUCGAUCGAUACUCCAGUGAAAGGUAAAUUCUCUGCAUUUCGCAGAUUCAAGCGCCUAGCUAGUUUGGGUGGGUACGAUGGUCCAGCAGAUGAUCAUCGGAGCAGUAGAGCCGAGUCUGGUCCUGCACGAAGACCAUCUGCUUUGGAUGCUAGGUUAGGCUUGGGCGCCGAGAUGACCGCAAAGGAGGCUCAACGGAAAAUAUCCAUACCUCCUAAUAUACCAUCCAUUAGAUUACCAACUCCUGAGUCUUCAAGUAUCAACACAGCUGACACUCACGAACAUGGUGUUUUGGCUCGCAUGGCCACAUCUAUGCAUGUCCCGACAACGGAACUUCAUAUGCAUGAUACUCUUGCUCGUAUCGGUACUGCCAUACAUAUUGACUUGCCUACACCUCACUUUCCUAAUGCCUCAUCGAUUCUUCAUACCCCCAUGUUGAUAUUACAACUCCUCACCUUCCCAACAUUCCUCAUAUCAACUUUGGAAAAGAAAGGCUCCAAGGCAGCACCUGCAAUCGUUCCAAUUGCUGCACCAAAAUCAAAAGUUCAAAGGACUGGCAAUGAUCCUCAAGGUGGAGUACCACAGUGGAGAGGCCCACGAGCUAGAAACCGCUCCACGACUAGGGAUGAUAAUAGGAGAAGAAUGGACACUAGUCAGGAUGAUUCCGCUGCUGUUUGGAUGAGAGCAGUAAAGGGUGCUGUAUCAGAUAGAUCCAAAGCACGCAAGGACAAUCAAGACGGAGACGAUAUUUUUGGAGAUUGGGAAGCAGAAUUGGCUGGAGUUGCAUCUAAAUCCAAAUACGAAAGCCGAAAAUUUGGCUCGAGAGGUAAACCGAAGAUCCAUCAAAUUGAACAAUUUCCAGAAGCUUGGUGUAGAUUUCCCAGCCACGAAAGAAAUGCCAGGGGGCAUGAAAGUGCGGGUGUAGAGUCGGCUGUUGAAGCAAAGGAUUUUGCUAUUUUGAAACCGGGAAAUGGGGUUUUAGGGAGAUCGGAACAUUCUUAUGGUACAAGGAGGAGAAGAAGGCCAGGUAUGUACACUGAGAAUAGUAGUGAUCCUAGUAAUUCCCAAGGAAUAUCUGAUGAGGAAUUGGAUGCAAUCGAAGCUGCAGAGCCGUUCUAUAAACGGUGGAGUCAGAAAAUCAGAAUUGCUUGGAUGGAUUACAGAAUUGAGGAGGGGCAAAAGAAACAUGCUUUUCAUUCAGGGAGCUUGGGAAGAAGAGGUUCGAUGACUAUGGAUGGAAAAGUACCAUUUCCAGAACUGGAAUUGUUGCCAAUGAGGGCACCCCCUCCGCCAAGUGAGGUGAUAGAUGAUGAAGCGGAUGAUAUUGAGGCGGAAAGAAAGAGAGUAGAAGCGAUUCAGAAAGCUAAAAUUAAACCCCAUUAUGAGGCGGCAGAUUUGACACAGAGUAAGGGAGGUGUAAGUGAUUUGUUGGAUAUUUUUAGUUCAGGACCUGAGGAGCCAGCUGAGCCAAAGAUGCCUGUUAAAAAGAAGGGUCCAAAGGCAAAGAAAGUUAAAGACCCUUAUGCAUUGAAUGAAGAUGAUGACUUGGACGGUGGCGAUGGGGAUAAGGGGGAUGAGGACGAAAUGCCCAAGAAGAAAGGAAAGAAGGUCAAGGAUCCCUAUGCAAUUGAUGAAGAUGAAGAUGAGGAUUUUCGACCAGCCCCAAAAAGGAAGGAAAAAGCGAAGGAUCCAGAUGCAAUUGAUGAAGGUAACAAUGAAGAUAUGCCUCCUGUUUCCAAGAAAAAAGGCAAGGCGAAAGACCCAUAUGCUAUCGAUAAUGAUAUGGAUGGCUCAUCGGAUUUUGGUUCUGGUGAUGAGUUGAGCAAAAUUGAUCAAAUCGUUAUGAAAAAAGUGCUAAGCGAUGAUGAUACGAUCGGUCAUACACGACUCGAAGACUCAGUUAUCAGUUUUCGCGAUCCUGAAUUCUAUCAGGAUUGUUUGGUGAUGCCCAAGGAACCAAGUCCUGUGCACGUUAAAGAAUGUUCUGUGCUAUCUAGUCAUGGAAUUAUCGAAGAAGAAAUCGAGGACCCAUCUAAGAAUGGUACGGGGAUUGGAGUACAAGUUAAAGAGAUUGGUGAGGGGGUUAUUAAGCAGAUUGAGAAAUUUAGAACGUGGAAUGGCAAAGAUUGGGAGAAGGAGAUGGGAGGAUUCUUGAGAAGAAGAGACACGAGUGUAGGAAGGGAUAGCAUGAGAAGCGCGAGAUCGGAAUGGAGUAUGGGAAGUCAGGGAUCAAUAAACACAGUAAGGAGUGUUGGAGUAGAAGUCAAGAGACUGGAGGAUUUGGAGAGGGAAAGGAAGGCUUUGAGAAAGUGCGGUGGUCACUUGACAGGAGGUGUGCCGAGGAAGGCUAGAGGAAAUAGAGGGUGGGAAAAUGAGAGAGGACAUGAAAGGAGCGCUAGUUUAGGGGGAGUUGUGGGAUUUGAGGGAUUAAGUGCCUCGAGUGAGACCAGGGGAAGGAGGUUGACGUUUGGAAGUGGCAGGUAG